AUGACCGAUGAACUGAUAAUUGGGGGAGUAUCUUUCCAUUCCCGAUUGAUAGUCGGUACUGGACGUCACCGAACCAUGCAGGACAUGGUCGAUUCUCUGGAAGCCUCUGGUUCCCAGAUUGUUACCGUAGCCAUUCGCCGGUUGGACCUGGACAAUCCGGAAGAGAAAACCAUCCUUGAUUACAUCGACUGGGACAAAUACCAGAUCCUUCCCAACACUGCCGGUUGUCGGUCGGUUGAAGAGGCGCUCUUUGUGGCUCGGCUGGGCCGGGAAGUUACCCAAACCGAUUUUGUGAAGCUCGAAGUCAUACCAGACGCCAAGUAUCUUUUCCCCGAUCCCAACGGCACAUUGGAAGCCGCCCGGCAAUUGGUGGCCGAGGGGUUCAAGGUCCUGCCUUACAUCCACGCCGAUCCGGUGCUCGCCAAGAACCUCGAAGACGUCGGGUGCGUCACAGUCAUGCCUUUGGGUUCUGCCAUCGGGUCCGGUCAGGGAAUCCACACCGGCGAAGAGAUCAGGAUCAUCCUAGAAAACGCCAGCAUCCCCGUCAUCGUGGAUGCUGGUUUGGCAGUGCCUUCCGACGCCGCCAAGGCUCUGGAGAUGGGCGCAGACGCUGUCUUGGUGAAUACGGCCAUCGCUCAGGCCCAGGACCCCUCCAUGAUGGCGGAUGCCUUCCGCAAAGGAGUCGAAGCCGGACGGCAGGCUUACCUGGCAGGCCGAAUCCCGGUGCGCACCGAGGCGAUCGCCAGCAGUCCGACUUCCGAUGUGCCCGAACCCGUGGUAGCAAACUAG